CAGCAACUUUACCUCCGAUCCGAGCUGCACCACCUCCAACCCUCAACCUCCCGCGAAGUUCUUCGUUCAUCCGCACUACCAACACCCGCCUGCGCGCGAACUCCUCAAGCCUCCUUCCAAACUGAACACACUCAACAACAGAAAAGGAUAAGAAGAGAAACAAGUCGCCCAAGAUGAACCACAUAACCAACCCGAACGAACCCUUCCCAACCCCCUCCGCCCUCGCCGCCGCAACGACAACCCACACCCAGCGCAACUUCCGCGUCGCCUCCCGCAAGCUCCCCAUCUCCAAAGCCGGCCCCAUCGACGACAUGACGGCCUCCCUCGGCAUCCCCGUCCCCGAAAUGAUCUUUGGCGACAACCUCGUCUCCGUGUCCCACGUGCCGACGGGCUGGUCCAUCACCUUCAACGCCUACGACGCGCUCGACGCCGUCGACAAGACGGACAAGAAGAUGCUGCAGGUCGCCUACGCGCGCGACUGGUCCUCCUCGCGCGAGAAGACGAGCGCGGGCAUAAAGGAGGUCGUGAAGCCGUACGACUGGUCCUACUCGACCGAGUACCGGGGGACGCUGGAGGAGCCGACAGGGAGCGCGGCGGGUGCGCAGCAGCAGGAAGCGCAGGAGAACAAGAACAAGCUCGAGGAGACGACGACGAGGAUGAUCCCCCUCGAGCUCCUCAAGCGCCGCGACCCGAUCCUCUUCUUCGACGACGUGGUGCUCUUCGAGAGCGAGCUCGACGACAACGGCAUCUCGAUUGUCAGCGUGAAAGUCCGCGUGCACGAGAAGCGCAUGCUGCUGCUGUGCAGGCUCUUCAUGCGCCUCGACAAUGUCAUCGUGCGGAUACGGGACACGAGGGUGUACGUCGACUUUGAGACGGACGAGGUCAUUCGGGAGUACACGGCCAAGGAGGAUAGCUUUGACAGCGUCAAGCGGUCACUCUUCAUGGAGGGCAGGUUGCCAGAUGACAUUGUCAUCGCGCUGCGUGACCCGAACCUGCUCUACAACCUGCUGCCGACUGUGGAGCAGACGGUACAGAGUGUAUUCCUCAAGAAAUGAACACAGACUUCUCAGUCCCUCGCGUAUUGCUUCACUGGAAUAUUCCUCCUC